AUCUUAGGCCCUCUUGGCCCUGGUCGGCUCUGAUCUCUCCCUCUCUCUCUCUCUUUCUUUCUUCUCUAACGUUAUCUCGACUCAUUCAUAUACUCUUGUCUCUCUAACAUUCAAUGGAACUCAGACCAUCGUCGGUCUGGAUUUCAGGACGAGCCAACCCCAAACGAUCUCUCUCUAAGCCCAUCAUCUCCUCCGCUCCUUGAUGAAUGCGAUUCUUCCAAGGCUGUCGAUCACUUGCUCUCACUCAAAUAAGGGCAUAGACAAGAGAAGCUUCUUUUGAAAAAGCAAUCCAUGUAAAUGAGUGUAACAGAGAUUUCAGAGACUUCUGCAAAUGCUCUAUAGAAACCUCUCCCCCUUAUCUUCCCAUUACCUUUACCUGCUCUGGCUCUUCUUCCUCAAAUAAAAUCCUUCCAUCAUCUUCUACCUAAAAUAAUAAUAAUAAUAAUAUUAAUAAAUAAAUAUAAAAAAUCAGCUCUGAUGUUCGAUCUCAAUGUCGUCACCGAACCUGCCUGUGAAGAACAAGUGGUGGUGACUGGUAAGCUUCUCGACACUCCCGGCGGCCUAUACCAUAUGGAUGAUUCCGGCACGUCGAAUUCCUCCGUGGUCAAUGCCGAGGCAUCGAGCAAUGGUGGUGGCGACGACGAUUCAUGCUCGACCCAUUCUGCCAAGCGCAGCAAUAUCUUCGCCUUCAGCUUCGAUAUCCUGAAAAAGAGGGGUGAUGAUGAUGUUGCCGUUGAAGAUGACAAUGACGAUGAUGAAGAAGACAAUGGUGUUUCUCCGCAGUUGAGUUUUAUCACCAGGCAGCUCUUCCCGGCACCGCUGGGCGGAGGCGGCUUCUGCUCAUCGGCUUCUUCCUCAUCAUCCUCGUCGCGGCCACAUUGGGCAGAUAUAACUUUCUGUCGCGCUGAUGCUUCUGGGCAGGCCGAGGUUAAGGUGGUGCAGCCACUGCCACUGCCACAGCAGCAGCAGCAGGUGAAGAAGAGUCGCCGUGGGCCUCGGUCAAGAAGCUCUCAGUACCGAGGAGUUACAUUCUACCGAAGAACAGGAAGAUGGGAAUCACAUAUCUGGGAUUGUGGGAAGCAAGUUUAUUUGGGGGGAUUUGACACUGCUCAUGCUGCUGCUCGGGCCUAUGAUCGAGCCGCCAUUAAGUUCAGGGGAGUUGAUGCGGACAUCAAUUUCAACCUUAGUGAUUAUGACGAAGAUCUGAAACAGAUGAGGAACCUGACUAAGGAAGAAUUCGUGCACAUUCUCCGUCGUCAGAGCACUGGAUUCUCAAGGGGGAGUUCAAAAUACAGAGGUGUAACACUGCACAAAUGCGGCAGAUGGGAAGCUCGAAUGGGGCAGUUCCUUGGCAAGAAGUACAUAUAUCUUGGACUAUUCGACAGUGAAGUAGAAGCUGCAAGGGCUUAUGACAAGGCGGCUAUAAAAUGUAAUGGAAGGGAAGCUGUUACCAAUUUUGAACCGAGUACAUAUGAAGGAGAGAUAGCUGUGGAGGCUGAUUCUGGAGGAACUGUCCACAAUCUCGAUCUGAACCUGGGGAUUUCCCCCCCUUCUUUUGCCCAUGGUUCGAAGGAGAGUGAUAGUUUGGCUGGCUUCCAUUUUCAUUGCAGCCCUUUUGAGGUGCCUGAAAACAGGAAAACUAGGGCUGAGAACCCAACUUCAGUACCUCAAUGCUUGACCAUGGCACCUGAGCAUCCUCCUGUGUGGACUGGUCUCUAUCCUGGUUUCUUUCCCAACUUUGAGGGAAGAGUGAUGGAGAAGAGGGUGGAAGCUGGUUCGCCGAUCUUCUCUAACUGGGCUUGGCAACAGCAUGGCUCUACCCCAUCAAUGCCACUCUUCUCUUCUGCAGCAUCAUCAGGAUUCUCUACCGUGACUACCACUGCAACAACAGCUGCCCUUCCUCCUCCACCCCCUCCCACUACCAAUCGCCAUUUCCCGCCUCACUACUAUUACAGGAGCUGAAAGCAGACUUGGAGACUUUACACGAGACAUUGAACGUUGAAAAAGAAAAAGAAAAAAACAAACGCGUGUUUAAUUCAUACAUAUUUCUAAGCUUAUACCCAAGUAUACUUACCAUAUAUUGCAAUCCUAUUAAAUGUAUGUGAUGUGUUUUAGACCCUUCUGGGAAUUUCCAGGCCAAUUAGACUAUAUUUCUAGGCCUA